AUGGCCGUACUAUCCCGCCCUAGCCGGGGUACUCGAGGUGGCGGUAUGGGGACACCGUCGCCUCAUCACAACGAGUCUCCGAGCGGAUCGCGGUGCGCAAGCACUCCUGCGCACCGCGGCAUUGCGACGAAUGGCCUACGCAAGUCUCUAGGGGCCUCUAUUCGGCCUUCUCCAAAGUAUCGUCAUCUCGCUCACGCUUGGAAGGCUGCCGUUGAAAAUAAAAGGGGUACGGGCGCACUCAUGAAUUCAACGCUAAUUGAUAACGUAAUAUGCACCGAUAUGAUCGAGAUGGAGGCGCCGGCGGCCUGCCAUACGAAUACGGAUAUUGAACAACCGACUAUGGCCGAUAUUGCGAAAAAAGGAGAAUGGAAAACACAGAAUACAAAAUCUAGUGAGUUUGUUACUGUUCAACAGAAGGCGCAGAAAUCGGCUAGCCGGUAA